AGUACAUCAACAUGUGGAGCUUUAUGACUCAUAACUCCGUAAAAAGAUGGCUUAUCAGAAGGUCAAUGCAGAUUUAAGAACCUCAGGACACUCACAGUACUUAGACAAUGAUGACGUCCAAGCCACUGCCCUUGAUUUAGAGUGGGAUAUGGAGAAGGAGCUGGAAGAGCCUGGCUUUGACCAUUUUCAACCAGAUAAUGCUGAGACUCAGAACUUGGGCCAUUCAGAAACUUUAGACCUCCAUCUUGAUUCUAUUCAACCAGCAAGUUCACCCAAAGGAAGGUUCCAGAGACUUCAAGAAGAGUCUGACUAUGUUACCCACUAUACCAGGUCUGCACCAAAGAACAGCCGCUGCAACUCUUGCUACCUUUUGAAAAUAAUUUGCACAGGCACCAUUCUAUUUAUUUUUGGAAUUCUAAUAGGUUAUUAUGCACACAUGAAUUGCCCUUCUGAUGCCAAACCAUCACAAACAAAUGAUCCUCAGUUAUACCAGGAUAUUCUCAAGAUGAUCAAAGCAGAAGAUAUUAAGAAAUCCUUCAGGUAG